GAAUAGUCGCAGGGCCGCGCUCCAUGUGGCGGUGUUAGCGGCAUGGGGGGUUAGUACUCGGGCCGGUACUGGGUAAGGAGUCGGACUUGAAAGACGGACGGAGGAAGUGUGACGGUGUGCACUGACUCGGACAUCAAGUGUGCAACACCGGAGUGUACAUGUGACUGACAAGCCGUUCACUCACACAUACACACACACACACACACAUACACACGAUCUCGCUCAUGCACACACACACUCACACGCAUAUAUGACAACGGAUAUCGCCGUUGGAGCGACACUGCCCUGCGUGACAUGGUCGCCGAGCGUUUUUGCUGAGUCGCUUCAGUGCUGCCGAGGUUGUUGUUUUUUUUUUGUUGUGUUUGCAUGGCUGCUUUAUUCUCCCCAAGACUGGCGUGCAGGAAAGUGGGAAGAGGUGUUUAUGACUGAUGUUUGAAUAUGCAACAAUGGCCGUGGAGCCACCUCACAUCCCGUUUCAUCUGCGCGGUUUCUCUUGCGCUGACGACAGCAACAACGACACCAACCUCAGCCCCGCUGCGGUUGCAUCUGCUGCACCACACUGCGGCCUGCGCGUUGGUGUCCCGUUAGCCGCCAUCCAAGUGUCCCAGGGACCGCCGACACCGGAAGCAAGAGCACUUCCCUAUGAUAGUGGAGGUGGCACUGGUGGUGGUGCGGGUCCCCGCCCGGACGGCGGCGGUGCAGAUGUGGCAGCUUUUGGCAGUGGUUGUCACCUGCUCCACCUGACGAGCUCCUCCUGCACGGAAACACCUGCAGGGUGUCGCGUGUCGGACUUCAAAGCAGGAUCGCCUCAGCUGGGCGCUCCGCUGCGCUCACCUGCCCACCGGGUGGCGGUCCACGCCGAGUCGGGUGACACCGACAGCAACGACGACGAUAUGAACGACAACGCCGUUGGAUGUGGCGGUAGGGGAGACAACUGUGCUCAGGUGAUGGUUGUUGCUGGCAGCGGGACAGGCUGGGACCUUGCCUCCUCUUCCUCCACCAGUGUCAUCGACAACAGCAUCGACAGCUCGUCUCACGUGGAUGGUGCUAGCCUCACACCACCUCACACGGAUAACGCUUACGACGACAGCAGCAGCAGCAGCGUGCACGACAUCACGAACAGAUAUGGAGGACUAAGCACAACGUCAGCUUCAACAGCAUGUGCAGCCACCGCUGGCGUCGCUGCUCCUGGUGCGGAUACUGCUGGAGGUCCUGUUAGGUGUUUACGAGUCAGAGGUCAAAGGAGGUUCGUGCCAGAAAAGACUCGGCACAAGCGGCAAGCCCUGCAGGACAUGACCCGGCCGCUGAAGCACUGGCUGCUGAAGCACAGGGACAACCCGUACCCGUCUAAAGCAGAGAAGCUUGAGCUGGUCUCAAGUAGUCAGAUGACUUUAACACAGGUAUCUAAUUGGUUCGCGAACGCUCGGCGGCGUCUGAAGAACACGGUGAAGCAGCCGGACCUGACGUGGGCCUCGCGCAUCAAGCUGUACAACAGCUGUGUACAGGGCAACGCCGAGCUCUUCUCCCUCGGGUCCGAUGACAGCUGCCUGGAGUCGGAUGACGACAUGCUAGAUCACAGACAGAGCGACACAUUCCACGAUGACGUCACAGACAGCCUGGCCUCGUCAUCGCGCACAGCCACUCCAGACGUCGUGGUGGCGGCCCUCGGUUCCCGGGAUGUAUGCAGCACGACCCACAGCGGCAGCAUCGGUAGCAGCAGCAGUAGCAGCAGCCUUAGCAGCAGUAUACAUCCAAAUCAAAGCCCCAGUAGUUACCAGCAGAUGAGGCAUCAACAGCAGCAGUUUUAUCACCACCACCCCCAUCAGAAUCAGCAGCAGCAGCAACAACAGCAGCCGAACAGCACGUGCGGCCCCGUGACUGGCAGCCAAUACCCAGGUGUCGACAUGGAUACGUGCGCCAGCUUCCCUAAAUACAAACACUCCAUCCUUCAUCGCUACCUCAGUGACGCCCACCACCAGCCCAUUAUCCUUGAUGAGGACGCCGUGGCCAAGUCACGUGACCGACAUCACUCGUCGUCCACGGGGUCACGUGACAUCGAGGACAUGUCGACGUCGUCCGUGUCGUCACCGGCACACGAGACGCACCACGACACGCAAGAAGAUUUCGCCGAGGAGUUUGAAACAAUGGCUUUACGCAGGCGCACAUCUGAAGUCAGCAGCUCAGGCGAGGGGGAGAUGUACUGGAAGGAGAUAGGUGCCGCUCUGGCAUUGACUUCAUUAGCUCGAGGCCGAUACAACACAUAACAACAGAGGGACACAACAACCCUCGCAAGGACCUGUCUUCAGUCAAGUGCCCGGAUCGUCUCCCGCAGCAUUCGUCACCUUGCAGCUGUUCCUUCAGGCGCUUCUCACAGUCAUCAGUCACCUCUUCCAUCGCUUCUUCACCCAUGACACACUAUUGUCCCACAAAGCACUUUUGGCUGGAACUGCCAGACUGGCAAACUGAUCGGAUUUUUUAUUUCUCUUUCGUGGAUAAUAAAAUCCCAUCUAGUUAUGUCGUUCCUCUACGCAACUGCCGUUUUCAUCCAUCAUUCAGCUGAUUCAAAUGUACCCAUAUAGUGUCUUAUCAUCUUGUUUUAUUUAGAAGUGUGAAAGAUAUAUGGGAAGUAUGUUUCUCAGCAAACAAAUUUAUUGAUGCUCCAUUGGAAACGAUGGAUUUACCAUGUUUUAUGGAGACACACAAUCUAAACCCUUUGUUUUAAUCACUCAACAAUAGUUUGUGCAAUCUCAUAGGUAUGGUUAAGGUCUUUCUUUUAACUGGAAAAAUUGUGGCAAGUCGGACCAAUUUUGGCAAAGUUUUUUUUUUAAAUAACUGCCUUGUAAAAUCCUUGCCAAACUUGGUCCUGAGUUUGUCUGUUUGCCCAGUUAAAACAUUUAAAGAAUUUCCGAGUACAAAUUGCACACACACCCUGUCGAAUAUGUGACUGUUUGGCUAUUUUUUAUAUUACUGUGAUGUAAAGAUUUGCCAAAAAAAAUUGUUGUGCAUAAGUCACAUGUAGUAGCAAGGCUACAGUGGAUAGAUAUCACCGAACUUGUCUCGGGAAAAAUAAUUGUGAUACUUGGUCUGAGAAGCUGUUUGAAAGGACGAAUUACCAAGUCAGAAAAAGGAAUCUCGAAAUUAAAAACAAAUUUAAAAAAUCAUUGCUUCAUCUUUUUUCAGUGGCAGACCCUUUACAAAAAGGCUCAUCAGCUUUGCAAAAACAUUUUGGGACGUAGAAUAUUUAUUUGGAAAAAAAAAACAUUUAUCAGACAUAUAUCAUUAAGCCGAGGAGUUUCAAUUAGGUGUUUACUUCCUGCGUACUUAAACUGAAGUAAUUAAAUCUUCUUACAGAAAAAUAUGUUUUGAUGCUUUGACAUUUUAAAUUUUUUUUGCCAAACACAGUCACAUUGAAAUGAGCUCCAGUUCAAACGUGUUCAGUACAGCAAUGUUGAUGAUUCUUUGCUUGCCUUCUAGAGGCGUUUGCUUUUUUCAAAAAUAAUUUUAUCUUUCUCUCUGAAUGUCCAGUAAUUGGUGCCUAUAGAGAAUAUUAUAACUGUAUUACAAUGUGAAUGUCGUGUUUUCUGGCUGUAUAAAAUAGACAAAAAUAUGAACACGAAACAUAGGCGUACUUUCUGCCAGUUGGAAAAAUAAUGAACUGUUACAGUUUGAAACUAUUGGGUGUUUCACAAACUCAUGGUGUGUUCAUGAUACCUUGUGCUGCAGUUGCAGGCAAGACAAUGAGGCAAAGCUGUUGUCCUAAAAUGUAAAUUAAUUCAUUUACUUAUAUGAACUUUUAUCAAUGAUGUACAUAGAUUUUGUCUUUGACAGUUUAGUUUGCUUUUCACAUCGGGAAAGGUAGUCAGCGGAAAUAAAAGAAUAUUAUUCUGAUUUCAUGUUGAGGCGAGUUAGAAGUGGUCGAGAUGGAUUAUUGUCCCACACGUGUUUGUUUUCACGGUGAGGAACAUGUGAUAAAAUCUUGAAAUUCACGACCGACAUGCAAAGUUGUAGCUGUGUGCAUGCUGUGAAAAAGCCAGUGAAUUCACUGUGUCCUGGUCUCACAGGAUUCUCACCAUCUUCCUGACCGCAUGUUGUCCUGACAUGCCCCACAGAAGAUCAACUAAAAAUCCUUUGUUAACUGCCAUAUACUCUGUAAACUUUUCACCCUAAGACAGACAAAAAUCAGAAGACUGGGACAGUCAGAUGGGGAGAGGUGUGGGCUGGGGGUGAAGGAAGGAUUUUUCUUGUGUGAUAAUUCUUCUUGAUGACAGGAAGGACCAAAUCCUGUACGAAUACCUUGAGCAUGAAACAACGUGCGAUUGUGAAACAUGAUGUGUUUGUCGUGCUAACAAAGGUGGAAUUUUACCGAAACUGAUUUGCGGAUGUUUCCACACUGAAAACCUUUGACCAUAGCGGUUGAAACUGUGCUUUGAGUGCCGGGUGUCCGAACCUCGUUUGUCCUGAGGAUCAGCGACUGAUUAAAAAAAAAAAAAGCACCCGUGCUAACAGAAGGAUGGAAGUACGGGUGGACAUACUCUAUUUCCCCUUCUGCAAAAGUUCGCACUUUCGAGCUUUCCAUGUGCCCAUCAUGGUCGAGGACAAAGAUACCUUGCGAUGAACAGAGGCAAGCCGCUAGAGGGAGCCAUGAGGCAGCAGAAAUCAGUAGAGGAUGCCAUUCAGUGGACUUUCCCAUAACUUUGAGGCUUUCAGUCACCUGGCACUCAAACGACAUUGUGUGUUCAUAUCAUCGACUUAUGAUGACAGCUUUGAAAUAUUUUUACAUUGGAUGACGAAGACAAGACACCGCAAUGUGUGCUUGGAAAGCGAGGAGAGGCUGUCAAAGAUGGCAACUAGAAGAAAAACUCUGGUCUCAGUCAUAGGCCCUGUGAAUGAGUCAGAGAAAGAAAGAAUGUGGUUGUGCGCAUGCGUGAGUAAGCUCGGGGGCACAUUACACUAGUUUAACAUUUUCCCAAAACGCAAUGCUUAAAUAUCAAUAGUCCUGCAGUUUGCUUCAUUUUUAAUGUCUGUGUGUGAUUUUUCUUAAAGAAAUAUUUCUUGUAGAGCUGAGUAACUCAUUAUUUUAGAGCUGAGUACUUCGCUAAAGAGUGUUUCGGGGUAGCACACGCUGAUGUAGCUGGCAUCGCACACUAACAUCUCUGAAGUUGCUUUAAGGAUUCUUUUGUUUGUUUACCCUCAAACUGGGAGGACCAGCCAGCUUGGGGUUAAGGGUCAGACACUUCCAACAUUUGUAUCAGGGGGCUUCUACUCUCUCCGCAAUCACACAACUUUCGUUUCUCUAAAGAACAGCCACCUACUUUAGAAAGUGCAAACAUUGAGGCCAAGCAAUGGUUUUCUAUAGAGAAAUAAUAUAUCUGUGAUUAUGUUCAGACUGUAUUUAUAACAGCCCAUUGUGGAAAGGUAGGAGGAACAAUGAUAAAAGUUUUUUCAUCACCAUUUCAUUGAAAUCUCUAUCAUUUUGUUUUUUGUCUUGAAAAGGUCAACGAAUUUCAUCUUUUUUUCCAAUUUGUUUUCUUUCUGGGACACCACCUGCGAGAGGACCUGGAUGGGUGCUUUUUCUUUGUAUUGUGGGUGUUUAUUCAGUAGUGUUAUUAGUUUAAUGUUUAUUUACAAGUGCAGUCCUUCAUUUCUCAAGAUUCAAGAGUGUGCUUGCUUUAUGUUUAUUAGUUUCAGCAAAGUCCUCAGCUGUGUUUGGAAGCGCUUGAGCCAUGUCGAUUUUCAGCUUGGAUUCUCAAUUCAUUCGCAUCCUUCUCUCCUUCUCAUUUCGAACACGUCCUCUUAUUUUCGUUUCCCGGUUCUGCCUCUCUCUUAAUUGACUCACUGUAUAAAGAUAGAGGAACAGAAAGUGCUUUUUGAAUCCAGUGUCAGUUGACAUUACUUGGUGGUCUCACCAAAAAGCUCUCUGAGUAUUCUGUACAUCACGUGACUGUUGCGAAGGUUUUAGUGGACAUUUACAUUGACUUGAUCAGACUGACUUCAAGUCACUUGCAGUUAAACUUAACCCACGAAAAUCUCUAAGGAAAAGUGAUCUUUGUCUGUUGUAUCUGUCAUUAUUUUAUAUUAUUGCAGCUUCUGCUUGUGUUUGCGACAACGAGUACAUCUGACCGCAGCUGACAAGAGAAAUAUCUUGUCAUUCGUCUCACACAUCUCAGGUACUGCAGUUCCAACUCCGCCAGUCUGUUUAUUCUUUUUUUCUAUCACGGUUCGUCUCUGUAAAAGACAUUUGUCUACUUUUCUUUGCACAGGGAGCUGCAACAAUCUGUGUGUAAAACGGUUGCAGAGACUAGUAACAUCUGGGCGCCUCUGUGUGUGUUGGAUCCGACAAAUCCUUGUCCAAUGGAAAGACUGUACAUUCAUUUCUCCAGCGGAUGGGCGAGGUGUUAUUCAUUCUCCACUGAAUGUGUGUGAUGCAAGAAAUGUCAAGAUACAACUUCAGCAACCUAGAUUAUAGUGAUUUUUGUCAGUCUUGACGAUGAUGCCUACGUUCCUCUGUUGACAUUCUUGAAUACCUAGGUGGAGAGAGUCGAUUUCUUCUGAUCCAUUGUCCUGAUUCGAACUUCGUCUCACGGAAGCUCGUGAGCAACAAAACAAGUUUAUUGUCUCCUAGUCUCCUCUCCUCUUCGCUGACAAUGAAUUGGCAACCUGCAAGUGUUGGGCAUUAGUUUUAUUUCUGUUUCUCCUGUCUUUGCUCUGGAACCUGCGGCGUUGAACUUUUAGGGUCGCAAUGGUGCGUAGUCACUGGUCGCUGGUCUUGGUUAUUUAUUUAUUACGAUAGGCAAACUAUGCUUAUAUAGAUGCUAAAUAUUUGCCUAAUUGCUUAAAAAAUUUGCAUGCUAUUUGCCUAGUUCUGGUAAAUAGCCUUAUAUCACCCUUUUCUGUGCUUUGGCUGCUAUUUGUGUGAGAGAGAGACCGAGGAGGAAAGUGAAAGGAUGAAUAGGUCUGGGCCUUUUCAACUUGACUUGUUGUUCAUAUUAUACAAGUGACUAGUUUUUUUUCUGGAGCAUAUACCGAUGUUGCAGUUAUGCGCACAAGUAAGAAGUGUUAGGAGGAAGCUGCAGGAUGCAGCUCGCAAUGAAAACACUGAAUGAAUGUCAGACACGAGGAACGAGUGACAGUGGGUUGUUACCUGUUGAUCUUCUCUGUUUUCAAACACACCUGACCUCUGCAAAUUAUAAUUUUUUUACAAUUCAUAUAAAUCUAAAGAUCAUGUAUAUUACCGUGAUGUCCUUUGAUGGUGUUUAGUCAAAUAUAUAUGGUUGACGAUAUAAAUAUAUGUAUAUAAAAAUGACUGUACUUCUUCUCAGAUGCUACUGUAGACAUGGAGACACGUUGAAAUAUUAUACUUGUUAUUCUGGUUUGAUGUCUCUGUUUGUCAUUAAGAGUCUAUAUCCGCAUGAAGUGCAAGCUUUACGUAUAGCUAGCUAUAUCUGUGACUUGAGACGCCAUUAAAGUUCUUAAACAUU